CAGAGGAUAACCAAACAAUAAGCUAAACGUGUAUAUUGUUCUUAUCCCAACAGAUAAUAACCUGCUGUUCCCACAGAGUAACAUUACUUUCUCAUACUUACCUAAAACGUUGUCAUGCUUACCCUGAACCGCAAUUUAAACUAGCGGAAACGUUUUUUAAUUUCAAAACCAUGAAUUGUCCCUUUAAGACCUCGCGUUACGUCAGAUACUCGUUAAGCGUCACGUGGUCUACGUCAGAGGGAACAGCAAAAGAACAAGAUGGAGGAAUAUGCUAGAGAACCAUGCCCCUGGAGGAUCGUGGAUGACUGUGGGGGAGCCUUCACCAUGGGAGCUAUUGGAGGAGGGAUAUUUCAGGCAGUCAAAGGCUUCAGAAACUCACCCUCAGGAAUGAACCACAGAAUGAAAGGUAGCCUGACUGCAAUCAAGACCAGAGCCCCACAGCUUGGAGGAAGCUUUGCAGUAUGGGGAGGCCUUUUCUCCAUGAUUGACUGUGGUUUAGUAAAAGUACGAGGGAAGGAGGAUCCCUGGAACUCAAUUACAAGUGGGGCCUUGACGGGAGCUAUCCUUGCUGCAAGAAAUGGUCCGGUUGCUAUGAUGGGCUCUGCAGCCAUGGGAGGCAUCCUGCUGGGUUUGAUAGAGGGCGCAGGAAUCUUGCUCACUAGGUUCGCCUCUUCACAGUUCCCAACUGGACCCCAGUUUGCAGAGGAGCCCACCCCUCCUCCCACGCCGCCCUCUCCCUUCGGAGACUACAGACAAUACCAGUGAGAGGACUGCCCCGCUUCUUUUCCACUAGGCCCUUUUCUAAACCCUUGCUGGAUAAUGUGUGAUCUAUCAAAAACAUGCCACAUACCGAACUUACUGAAUUAUAAAUAUGUGGUAUACUUAUGUAUAUAUAAAGUAAAGGCUUUCUGCUUGUAUUCACCCA